AUGAACGGAAUAGAAAAGCUGAAACCUGUCGUAGGAGUGGAGGAGUGUAUGUGGCGGACGGGACAGAAAGAGGCCAUCGAGGCGACGGCGAACAGCGCCAGAAGGGCGACGGCCGCCAUCAACGCAGCCGUUCCGUCAAGCCGUCACGUCCCAUUGCAUCUGCCUUAUUUUGUCUUCCGGUACUUCGUAAUCGCGAUUGAUGGCCAGUGUGACAACGAAAGCCAGGGGUUUAGCAGUCUAUCAGUCAGAGGAGCUAUUUUCUCGAGUUGCCUUCUUUUUUCAGAGUAUAGUCCAUUUUUCGCAACUUAAAAGGGCUUCUCUGCGCCCUCCUUAUCUCUCAACGCCGCUCUCAUGUUUACGUGUUAUUUACAUGUUUCUCUGACCUCGCCGGUGAGGGAACAGAGAGACGCAGACGCGCGAAAACUGUCAAGUCGCGGCGGACGAACUAUGACUAUUUUUCGAUCAGAAAUUUCGAGUAUAGUCAAUGUUUCCCGACUCGAGAGGCGAGGUAGGCGGGGCAGGGGGCGGGACGCGUAGCGUGUGCGUUCGCGGUUUUUGGCACGUGUUCAAUUCAGCCGCCAUCUACUCCUUUAAAAGCCAGUUUUUUGCUUUUUUCAUUCCUUUUUCAAUUAUUUAUUGAUUAUGUUCAUGUGUGCAUCAAAAAUAGUAGAAAACAUUGAAAAAGAGCGAUUGCCGAGCUUUUUAAAUAGUCGGCGACAUUUGAAUUGAACUCGUGCCAAGAACCGCGAACGCACACGCUACGCGUCCCGCCUCCUUCGCCUUUCAAGUCGGGAAACAUUGACUAAAUAAACUUGAAUUUCUCUGGAACGUCAACGUCGUCUUCAUAAUUGUGAAAAUAAAAAGAAGACCUUUCAGAAUAAAAACAUGGAGACUUGAGAAACGAAUAAAUAAACGACGAAAGUAGAAACGAAUCAAAGUGCCAAAGUUCAACAGGUUUUGCGAGUUAUAAACGAGUUGCACAUGGGUUGUCAACACUCAAAACGUCGAGACGAGGCAGUCCGGAGGAAGAGAGGCGCCGUAGGCGGAGCCUCUGAUGAAGACGAAGAAGAAGAAGAAGAAGAAGAAGCUUUGGGCCUCGGCGAAAAUUGA